AUGGUACUCAGCAAGGUUCGAGGAUGGGUAUCGCUUUCGUGGACCUAUUUAUGGGCGCUCUGGUUUUUGUUAGUAGUCGUGCUCAUCUACGCUCUUCGUGGCCCCUUGAAGAUCUCAGAAUCGUUUGAAAAUGGUAUUUUUUUUGUUUUCGAAGUAAAAGUAAGAAGUUUGGUUCAGUUUCCGCUUCAUCAUAUUUCAACAACCUCACCCCGAAGUUCUACGUGGCUCUGACCGGAACUUCGAGUUUGGUGUCCGGCAUCAUUUUGAUCUUCGAAUGGUGGUACUUUAAAAAGUAAGUGCAUUGAAAAUGAUAUCAGUAUGGAAUUUGAGAGUUUCACAUUAUUUUUAUAACGUUUCGUGUUAAAGUAAUGCAGUCGACACGGGGAGUGAAGACGGGAGUGACAACGAAGACAGUAUAGAGAGCACGAAAAGCAUCCCAGGUUUUCUUUUGAAAGAAACAGUGCUUGAAAAACGAGAUGAUUAGUUUCAGUCGAGUGCAAAGUGUGGAGGAACCCCAUGGCGUUGCUCCGCGGCGCCGAAUACAACAGAGUCAAGAAAACGCAAGGCCUUGAGCCGCUCACCUACUACGACAUGAACCUCUCGGCUCAGGACCACCAGAGUUUCUUCACCUGCGACGAAGACAACGGCAAGCCGGACUAUGAAAGUGAGGAAAAGAAGAAAUUCUUACAAGAAGCCCGCUUUACUUUUUCGAAAAAACCCUCAAAAUCCGUCAAAAUAGGCCAUUUUGGAACUUCGAGCCUUCACUACUCGAAAACUAAGAAUAUGUGCAGGUUGAGUUUUUCAGAAUCUUUUUCUGGUACUUCAAUGAAAGUUCUGGCCAAUUUUCAGAGAAUUCCUAUAAAAUGGCUUCCCUUGUCAGUGGAAGAUUUGAAAAUGAAGUUUUGCAAUGGAAUGUUUUAGUAAUGCAAGUGGCAUGGCGAGACCGCGACAGCCAUUCGAGGAUCGCCGCCGCCCACGAAGCCCUGAGGAUAAAUCCGGAAUGUGCUCCGGCUCUGAUCCUACUAGCCGAAGAAGAGUGCGACACGGUCACAGAGUCUGAAGCCAUGUUGAGGUAGUUCUCAAUUGAAAUCUGAAAUUUUCCAACAUAGAUACUUUAGAAGAGGGUUUGGAAUUUAUUGAAAUAAAGUAUUUUAAUGAGAUUUUUUGAGUAAUGCGAAAUUGAAUUGAAAUUUUCUGCUCUAUGUAAAGAUCCUUGUAUCUGCCUAAAAUUCUAGUUUUUUAAAUCAAAAUUUCCGAUUUUAAAAACAUUGAAAACAAAUUAAGGGUAUCCUCUAGACAGCUGCAGAAUGAUUUCACAACUUCAUUAAAAUUUUCAAAGCUUGCAUUAAAAUCACCCUUUCAAAAUCACCUUUCGCAUCAUUGAUGCAAGAAUUUUUGAACAUAACGUGAAAUAAAAACCAAUUUUAAUGAUGAGAAGACAUUUUUGAAAGCACUUCUAGCGACACUCAAAGUUCUCUUCAUCAGCUGAUUUUUGCGACUUUUUUAAAGUUUCAAAUUAUUUCAAAGUUUAGUUCUGUGUUUGCAGAAGAGCGUUGAAAGCGACAGAAACGGCUUUGGCGGCUUCUGCGACGGGGCCUGGAGGCCAGCUUUCCUCGUUUCAGGACCGUGUCGGAGAAAUGUUCACUCGUCAUGCCCGACGUGAGAUUUCAGAUCUUCAAAAUCAACUGAGACUUCUGUUUCCAGGUCGAGAUCUCAACAUGCACAUGUACAUCAAAAGACGGUUGGCCAUGUGUGCGCGGAAGCAGAGUCGACUCCGGGAGGCCGUCAAAAUGUUCAAAGAGGUUCGCAGUUGAUUUUUAAUCCUAAUAUUGAAGUUUUAGUGUUAAAAAGAACUCAGUUAUCUUCAAAAAACCAAAAUUUAUUAGGAACAGCAUUGAGUAGAAAACAGGCUGUAGAGAAAAGACGAAAAACAACAGUUGAAAAAAGAAAAAAAAUUUUUUGUUGAAACUGAAUUGUUCGAAAUGAAUAGAGGGUGUAGGUCGAUGAUUUGAGGUGAUAUUCAUAAAAUAAUUGACCCGAAUAUCAAAUUUUUGAGAGCAAAAAAAAAGUUAUAAAUCUCUGAAGUUUUUUUUUCUAGUUAUAGAGUGAGUUUUGUGUGACAAAGACGGAUACCGUUUGAUUGAGGAAUAAAAAAUAUAAUAAAUUGUCCCAAGCCUUUAAGUUUUAUGCGAAUACGGGGGCUUUAAUGGAACAGAUAACCUUGAAAAGAAGAAAAAAAAUUAUUUGAAGCUCAAGAAAUGCGUUAUAAGCAGAUAUAAAGAAGUUUUAAAAACACGAUAAUAAUUUGAUAGGCUUCAAAAAAAAAAUGGGAUACUGUGGUCUAACUAGAUAAAUAACCAAAAACUGCUCAAAAAUUUUUUGUUCAAGUGGAAAUUUAGUUGAAAUGGAAUGUGUUUAAAAUCUCGUUUAGAUGACGAGGGAAGGGACGAUGGGGACGAUUCUGAAUGUCCAAGAGAAUUUGAUAGAGGCUUGUUUGGAGAUGCAGUCCUACGCCGACGUGCAGGCUCUUCUUGUAAGAUACGAUGGAUACGGUGCUCCUUGUUCCUACGGUAAGUCAAAAGUUUUGAUAAAAAUAUUAGGAAAAAUGGAAGUCAGAUUGAAACGUUUUUUCAGAUCUUCGUGAGCCGAGGUCAGCCGUCCUGAGCUACACGUCAGCGCUGCUCAAGGCGAGAGCCGUGGCCGAAAAGUGAGAAGAAGGGCAUUUCAGAGGCUAUAUGAGUUGAUGUUCAGCUUCCGAUGCUCGGUGGACAAUUCGAUGCGCCGCGGGAUCUCUUCGGCAGAAGCGACGGCUAUCGAGGCGAUCACUCGGGCCAUCGAAUUCAAUCCACACGUCCCACUUUAUUUGCUCGGUAAGAAAGGAAUAUAAACAUAGUAGUCGAGGCUUGAGAUUUGUAGGACAUUCAAGUCAAUGAGUGAAUAAUUCUUGAUACGAUAAAGUUAACGUGGAAUCAGUGAAGUCUCAUUCAAAAAUCGUUGAAAAGGCGAGAAUUAGAGGGAAGUCGCAUCAUAAAUUUAAGAAAAAAAUACCAAUCUUCUUGAAAGUUUUUAGGUAAGUUAAGAAAAUUUUUCAAUUUCAAGAAAAACAAACUUGCGUGUGUUUUUUGUCCCAAUCCAGCCGUGACAGGCGAGAUAAAUUUUUAAAAAUUUUGAUUUCGCUUUCUUGUUCCUAACAACUGAGGGCCAGAUCCGGGCGCUUCAUGCCCGAUCCUGCCCUCCACCAUUUUUGAUUUCAGUGUUUUUCGUUUCUUUUUCGAAAAAGUUUUUAUUGUAAACCACUUCCAGUCAGUUCGUCAGCAGAAUUUUUUAAAAAUCGAAUGAAAAUUACAGAAAAGAGUCUUCAAAUACAUAUUUUUUUUCACCCCACAAAGUUCUGACGCAACAAUUAUUAGGAAAAGUUCAAAAAAAUUAUUUUUAGCUACUUUGGCAUGAUCUGCCAUAGCAGUUCGGGAAUGUUGCGCCCUAGAAAACGAAAUUUUAUGAAGUGACUCUAGUGUCAUGAUUCGAAUUAUAAAUGUAAACGAUUCAAAACACUUCCGGACCUGAUUUCCCUACUUCUGAUAUGGGAGAAAUGAACCAAUCCACGUGUCACUCUCAUUCAGAAAUGAGACCGAUGAUUCUGCCACCGGAACAUUAUCUGAAACGCGGCGAUUCCGAAGCAUUGGCCUACGCCUUCUUUCACAUCCACCACUGGAAACGGAUCGACGGCGCUCUUCAGUUAUUGAGAUACACGUGGAAAGGAGGUUUCCAUUCGGUCAUUUUUAAUUUUGAAUUGAUUAUUAUCUAGAUUUUGCUUCUCGCUUUUCAAUGAGUGGCUACUGCUAUCCGUAUUCUCCUCAACUUGAGACAGCUGACAGGGAACUUUUGCCAGGUAAACUUUAUUUGAAAACAAAAGAACAUUUUUUGUAUUGUUCUCCGACGCCUCAGGAUGUCUGUAUUUGAGAAUAAAUGAAUUGAAAAAUUGAGCGGAGUCAUGGAAAAAAUAACUCUUUUCGAAGGCUGUGAAAAAUGCUGUAUCGUUUGAUAAAGAAAUUUUUUCCAUUGCAGCGUGGCAUGAAGUUUCGGUGUUCCCGAAAAAGGAAAGCGCCAUUUUCGCCUUGCUUCAGACUUUGAUCUGUCUCGGAAUCUGUGCACUUGCUCUCUUCAUUCAUCAUUAUCCCAACAGCGCCAAUCAAAUGAUCCAUUCGGUUUGUUGAUGAAAACAGUUGUGACAGAAAUUUUAGUUUUGACUGUGAAAAAAAAAAUUAUUUAGUCAAGUGGAAGCUUUUUUUAUCAAUUAUAAGGCAUGCUGGUGAAGUCGGUUCACUACUGAAAAUCUUCAGGUAGUCAUCUGGAGCAACAACUUUAUCGACCAAGUGGCCGAAGGCCUUUCCCAGUGGGUUCCUCAUAACGUCGUCAGUCUUCUGGCCUCGAAACCUGUCCCCGUUGCCGAAAACUGAAAAGUUGAAUAAUCUACUAGUUCCGUUCACAUAUCCUCGUUAUCCAUUUUUCUCAAUAUUCCAUUAUUUGUUUGCAAACUUUCCUGUCAAUAGAAUGUCGUGUACAACUGCAUAAAAAAAACUAGUCGCGUAUUGUCUUUAACUCUUGCCGAUGAAACUCGAGCAUUUUCUUCGCAAUUUUCCUAAUUUAUGGCACUUUUCUUAUCUCACUGGUGUUUCCCAAGUUGCAUCUACCAUGAUCUCUAAUCUGUUUUAAACACUGUUCCGUUAUUUUGAAUAAAUUCUAAAUUAUUCUCCGAAUUUCUUCCAAAAAAUGGUAUUUCUCCCAAGAAAAUAUCUGGAAGUUUGGUGAUCUCGGAUAAAAAAGAGAAAAAAACAUUUUUCAGAUGGGAUCAACCACACCAAUAGACACGAAAAAGUUGGUAGAAGCCUUGUUGGGCGACCUCCGGCUUUUGUCCCAGGAAGCGAAAAAGAAACAGAAUCAUGUCAAGGAGGUACCUUUUAGAAAUACCUAGUUUUUGGUUCGGAAAAAUACGGAGCAACUUGCAAAAAAAAUAAUAAUAAUAAUUUCGGGCGCAAUUAAUAGAAAAAUCAACCCAGUGAUUUUUUCAAUUGCAAGGGGCUUCAAAAAUUCCCAGAAAAUUUUGAAAAUGUGUACGCUUUCAAAAUGGCAUAAAAAAGGAUAGCAAAAAGGAGAGCGUGAAAAAAAGCUAAAAUAUGGCGAAAAGGUUCCUUUAACGAGCCUUUGCUCAAAAACGGGUAAAAUUGGUUGAGGCAGGGAGACCUUUGGACUUUCUAUAUGUAGUACCGUCAUAGCUGAUUCACGGCUAGCUUGAGCCAUUGAAAAAUGGGUCCUGACACGAUAAUGAAAGAGAAAAUAUCUGGCUGGUGAAGAGUAUAGACUGGCCACGCUCUUUUGAAUUUCAAGCCAGCCAUGAAUCGGUUCUAUCAUUAGUAAGCAUAUGCCAAACAAAUACGGAAUCUUCAAUUUAAAAAACCCACAAAAAAUUUAAACUUCAGGCAGCAGAAUCGGGUGUGGCCCGAAUCAGAAAUAUCAGCACGGCGUCGGGCGAAAAGUCGUUGCUGACGAACCUCCGCGCGGCUUGCACCGAACUCCUGCACCCGCUGAUCCUCGCCUGCGCCACGAGACACACUCGUCUGGUCCAAAUCGCCCUGCAGGGUAUCCAGAGACUCAUCCAGCACAGGAUCCUCAGCUCGGUCAGCUUCACAAACGAUUUUCUGACAAUGCCAAUUCAUUGGGCGAACCCUAAAAAGUUUACUUUUAUGGAACUUUACAUGACCUUUUUUUUAACACCUAUUCAUCUUUUGAAAAUGAACCUCAUUGAUAAAAGCUCAUGAAAAGCCUGGGAAAGUUUCUUGAAUUCCUUAAAAAAGAUUUUGAUUUUUCGGAAUUUCUCGCCUUCGAUAAUAGGAACAUUGAAAGUUACAAAACGUGGAAAGGUUUUUUCUUUUUUAAUCUCGAAAAAAUGUUUGAAGGCGUUUUCUAGUUUUCAUACGCUUUCUGAUAGUAUAAAGUUCACUUAUAAAAAAUAAUUAAAGGUUUUAUUUUGCGAAAAAAAUCGACAAGCUUUGUCUUACUGUUUCUCGGUUCCUUGAUUAUUCCCAACUUUCCGUUAAAACGAUAAUUGGGUUUUUUCCCCGUUAAUUUCCUCAGUUUCAAAUUUUCUCUGUGAUUUCUGAGCAGCAAAAAAAAGGAUUUACAAGAGGAUUUUCAUAAAAAUGAAGCAAAAAAUAAAUUAUCAUUUUGCGUUUGAAAUUGAUACUUAAUUUUAAAAUGAAAGAAAACUGAAUUGAAAAUGUUCAGAGCGGAGCAGGAGUAGUCGUCAACGAACUGUGGGGUCUCGUCGAAGACGAAUGUGAAGAGGUUUUUUCGAAUUAUCCUUUUCAGUUUCUCCAAAUUUAUUUUUCCAGUUGCGCGUCCUGCAAACCGUCCCUCCGCUCGUUUCUUCUGAACUCAUCGUCACAGGAAAUACUCUUGCAAAAGUUCGGUUUACUCCAAUUUUUAACCUUUCUUAUGAGAAAAAAUGGCAGAAAAUAUGCUUUUGGGGCUGUUUAUUCCUUCUAAGAACUAGGAGACUUUGAAGAAAUUUCUUUUCCAUGUCAAAAUUGGAUUUUUCAGUGUAUUGUCAUGUGUUUCCGGCUGCAUUUCGCCAAAGAUACGAUUGUGAUAAAUGCAGCGUCGGCCGCAGUUCGACAACUCGUUUGCUGCGUUUUUGAACGGGUCGUACAGGUAUUUUCAUUGUUUUAGACAUUUUUACGAUCAUUUUUUGAUGAUUUAAGUGCACUGGACAAUUCAAUGUGUGGUAAAUUUCCCAUAAAAGCUUUAAUUUUUAAAAAAAUGGCCAGAAAAAUGAAAUUUCAAAUGCUUUUUUUAAUCUCCAUUCAAGCUUCUUCUCUAGAAAGUUUUUCGGCUUUCAAGAAAAAGAACUUUAAUCUAGUUAGAUAUAUGUUUCAAGGACUUUACUUUAAAAAAAUCUGAUUUUUGUUCAAUUGAGUAAAAAGCAGUAUAGUGUGAAAGUAAAUAUUUAGUGAUUUUGUAAGGAAGUUUCCAUAAAAUGUCAAAUGUGGAGAAUCUGCUGGUCAGUUUUCUUUUCAGUGUUUUUCAUGUUAUUUUGGUGAAUAUUUGAAAAUAAAAUCCCCUAGUUAAAAUAAAUCCGUUAGCUUUGAAAAAAAGUAGCCUAUAGGCUUGUUACAGAAAGAAAUCCUCCUUCAAUCAUUUUUCAAAUGUUUCCUUCAAACUUCCAUGAAUUUCCAGAAUGAAUGAGCCUAGGGUCGAAAAAAAAAUAGAGAGGAGCCUUCUAAUGACCAAUUUUGGUCAUGAAAUGAAGAAAAACCAGAUAUUCAUUCUCAAAUGGGCUUUCAUAAUAAUUAUUGAUGAUCUAUGCUCACAAUGGUGAUCAAUAGGAGGACGGGAUUUUCUCUUCUGAGCUCAAAGUCGUUUCUCCUUCUGGAGGCCGCCCAUCUCCUCGUGCCGCCCCUCCGACCCUUCGGCCUUGUGCCGCCGACGCCUACAUGCUCUUCCGAGUUCUCAUCUCCCCUCUCAUCAAUUCUGAAAGAACCGUUCAGGAUCUCUGUUUGCUAAUCAACGCGGAACCAUCGAUUUGGCUUGUUGGCAUUCAAGAAAUGACGCGGACCCUCGGUUUGGAACUCCUCGAGUCACUUUUGAAGGGAUUUCCUUCAGUUUUCAUCAGGGUCAGCGUUCGGUUUUGUAGGCUUCUUUAUUUUGAAAUGUUGCAGCACACAGAGUUCGGCGGUUUGCUGCGCGACGACGUUUGUCCGCUGAUUAUUCGUCUUUUUUCUCCAAAUGUUAAAUCGAUACAGGUACGUUUUCAGCUUCUUCUGGUUUGAAAACUUGGAUUCAGAGGUUUUGAAUUAAAAACAACACAAAACAAGUAUAUCAAGAAUAUCAAUAUAAAAAUCUGCUCUGAAGUUUUUCGCCUAACAAACUUUUUAUGAAUGAAUAAUAAUUUUUCCAUAUUUUUUUUGAAAACUUCAAAUAUACUUCCAGUUUCAAAACCUCAUCAAAUACGAAAAGCUUGAGAAGAACAUGAUAAAGAAAUGUUGUUUUUCUGUCAUUUUUAUGGUUCUUCUUUCCAGGUGAGAAGUUAUUUGAUGAUCUUUCUGGUCAAGAGAGCUUUGAUUUUUGUGCGUUUUCCCAAAUCAGCAUUUUGAAAACAGAUAAAAUUUCCCGAAAUUGUAAAAGUUCUGAGUUUCUGUGAGAUUUUUGGUCUGUCCUUAAGCUAGUUUUUGUUUCUAUAAUGAAAUCAGAGAUGAUCACAAAGUGUUAAAAGUUAAUUCCGUGUUCAAAGUCAUUUCUGAGAAGUAAAUUUUGGAGAGUCAGUGAUAGUUUUGAAUUUUGCAGAAGUUAUUUUAAACACGGAAUAAUAAAGUUUUUUUGGCCCCAGUUUUGCAAUAUUCAAAGGUUUCAGGUGGCUUCUCAACACCCAUCCUCCCGCUCAUCCAUUACAAGCCUUUCAAAUGUCGACCGUCCGUUUUUCCCGAUCGCAAUGCGACUCGUGAGAAUCGUCACCCUUCUCGUCUCUUUCUAUCAUCAAAUUUUGGUAGUUUCUGUAGUUUUCUAGACAAAAUAACACCUUUCUUAGCCCACCGAAUGUGAGAUUUUCAUCUCGACCCUGUUGAAAUUUGUCGACGGCGACAAAAAAGGCUGGCAACGUCCUUUGGCCUUGGAGGCUCUCCACAGAAUCAUUGUCCGAUCUGAUCUUGUCAGGUUUUUUUUCCAACAAGUUAUGGUUUGAAGUACAAUGAUGUAGAUGGAUCUGCGAAACGUUCGACUCGAAAUCGAACUCGACCAAAGUUUUGGAAAACGUCUCGACUUGUCUCGCCUCAGUUGUACAGCAGUGUCUUAUCGCCACUCAGUACAGUUCGGCUGGUUCGUUCUUUCUUUCUUUAUAUUGAAAGCCAUUGGGUUCAAAAUCUUGUGUGCUGUGAGAGUUCGUGAAAUUGGAAUCCAAUGAAUUAGGCAAAUUUUUUCUUCAUUUUUUUGUUACCUGGUUCAAGUUUUCUUUUCUUAGAAGAGAAUGGAAACCGUUUCAGUCGAUAUUUUUGAAACUAGUUUCAAAUUUUUUAUAUUUUUUUCAAGUUAAUGCCAUCAGAAGUUUACAUUUUUUUGAUUCGACUUAAAUGUUGAAGCUUCAAAAAAACUAUUCUUAUCACACCCCCCGCUCAAUAAUGGUUCAUCGGAAUUAAGCUUAAGGAAGUUUUCCUAUCAAAAAUUAACGAAUUUAAUUUACUCCUUACCUUUUCUUUUUAUUAUUUAGUUUUAAUUUGAGUUGAGUCAAGAAAAUGUAGGCGAGUGGAGGAUUCUCUCAAAGAACUUUUUUUUUAGACCAAGAUCCGGAAAAUGACAGAGGCCAGGAAAGCGGUGGACCCGGCUUUUUUUCUGCAAGGGCUUCUGGGUGCCCUACGUUGAACAACUUUCUGCCAAAAAAUCCAUUCUGUAUGUUAAAACUUUGAAAAACAAUUAAAAAGAAUCUUAUCACCAGAAUAUUGAAUAUUCUAGCCUUUUUUUUGAGUUUUCAAAAAGUUUUGUACUUUUUUCUUGCGGAUUAUUAUCAAAAUCAUGAUGAAAUUUUGAAGAGAAGUCGCACCAAAAAGAAAAAGAUCUUUUUCUUAACAAAAAGGCAGCUAAAAUUAGAGAAGAUAGGCGAAAGUAUGUUAAACUCUCUUAUUUGACAGUAUUGACGCCUUGGACCGAAUGGAACCGCCGACAAUGCCCGAAGGAUACGCGAUAUCGCGUUGUUGCGUCGCGAUCUGCGACAUGACGCAGGCCGUCUACGCGGCAGUCGACGAGCUUUGCUUGCCCGGUUUCGUCGCCUCGUAUUCAACGUCAAAUAAACGACGUCUUCAGACGAGAAUCACAAGAGCGUCGACCAGAAUGUCCACGUCGCCGAGGUCGCCUUCAAAAGUUCGCAGCCGCCGCUUCUUUUUGCCGUCAGCCAACUUCUUUCUUCGAGGUCCAGAUGAUUUUGGAAAAUGUCUAUUCUCAGUUUCAAUCAUACUUUGAAAAGCUGUAGAAGUUUUUUUUUUAGUUUAAACGUUUUAUGACAAAAAAAUGGAAUUGAGCAAAACCAGUAAUUUGAAAUUUUAAAGUGCUUUUGAAGAAUAUCAAUUAUUUAUAUAACUUUUUUAAUGAAUAGGGAAACUUAUGGGAUUAGCUAUAUUCUCAUUUUCGAUCAGUUCUAUCGAUUUUUUUAAUCAUCGAAAGUGAAAAAUUGUUGAAAUUUAUUUAACGUUUAAGAAAAAUUUUUAAACUUCAAAAUUUCGAGUGUACAGAAGAGAAAGCGCUUUCAAACUGAUGAAAUUUUCAAAUUGGAGAGCUGUAUUUUUUUUUUAUCUGAAUAUUUCGCGAGACCUGAGAACGUAAAUUUAAGUUAACGAAGCGAAAAUAGGAACAUGUCUUCUAAACGUUUUCAGAAAGUUUAGUUUCAAGCAGUUUUUUUUUGUCCGAAAACUUUUGGGUAUUCUUAACUUUUUUUUUUGGAAUUUUAGCUCUACGAUUAUCUCCAUUUUUUCCUGUGUAAAGGACGUUUUUUUCUACAAUAUUUUUCAUUUUUCGUAAAUUUCCGUACAAAUAUAUAUGAAAAAUCGAUUUCUAAACCGUUCUGCGUGAUUUUCAUCAGUGAAUUUGUAACUUUUUUCGCUAUAUUCAAAAAAAAUUGAAGUUUCUCAAAAUUUUAGUUGCGACGAAACGGUGAGUGAUCAACUUCUGUGCUGCCUUUCGACGCUGAUUUCGGCCGGAUGCAGGUUUUUUCUCAUAAAUUUUCCGAUUAUUCAGUUUAAAAUGUUUUUUUAGAGUCAACGCCGACGUGGAACUCCAUCGAAGUGUCUACGCCCUGGCCAGCCUCAGCCUCCCGUCUCCCUCUUACUUAUCUCAGUUUGCCGCUGUGGCGCCUCCUAAAAUGGAAGGAACAGGUUCUUUUUCAUUCCACUGACGGCUUUUCAUUAGUAAGUAUAUCUUUUUUCCGAAUAACAUAAAAUAAUCAAAGACGUGACUUAUUAAUCUAUCGAAGUGUGGAUAAGAAUGAUAAUGAGAAUAAAAAGUGAUAAGGAUGACAAGAGAGAUUCAAGAAGGUGCAAUUUAUGCAAAUUAAUACAGGUCGUUCUGCCCGAGAUGUUAAAGUUUUUAAAGCGCAGCAGAAACAAAGCUACCAUAGAAGCUACUUUCUUUGCCCUUUUGCUCUACAGCAUUGCAAAAAGAAAAGGUCUUGAAGCGAAGUUUGGUCGAAUAUCGUCUAAUUUAAUAUACGGCCUUUUUUGCAAAAAAAAAAAUGGAACGAGCUGGGUUCUCAGAAAGAAAAAAAGGAAAAAAGUUAAUGGUAAAGGAAGAUUAGGAAUGUUAAAAAAGUUCGCUAACAGCUAUCUUAGUUAAAUUAGCUUAAUUUUUUAUUAUUGUUUCAACGAAAAGUUUAUUUUAGUGAUCAGAGACGUUAUAGAUUAUGAGUUGUUCACGGAUAUGGGCAGUUGGUCUUCUUCGACGCAAGUUAUGGCCACGGGUCCGCCCUGUCCUUGUCCGGUCAUUUCCACUGAGCUUUGGAAUCGUCAAGUUAUGGUUCGUUUCUUAUUCCCUCUCCCAUUAAGAUAAUCUCAUCCAAACGCGUAGUCAAUACAAGGUUUCCUCAAAAAAAAAUCAAAAAUAACGUAACGCCCGAUUACAGGAGGCUUUUAUAACUGAACUUACCAAAUAAUUGUUUUUAGACUGGUUCUCAAAGCUCUUAGAAUGAGAAAGGAUGUUCAGGUAACAUCGAAAAAUAUCCAAGCGGCUCGAGCCCUACUAUCAUCAAUAGCUGCCCAUGCUGCAUCUCUCAACGAUUUAUGGUAAUUUUUUUUUUUUCAUUAACUUAACCCAAACUCUCCCUACAUCUAUUUCGUGAAAUUUAGUACUUGUGUGUGAGAAAUAAAACAUUUUGAUUUUGAUUUGAACUUGGUAGCUUGAUGACGGAGAUUCUGGCUCAGAAGCUUCUUUUUUUGACCAUCCUUUUUAUCUUCUUCUUCUCUCAUUUUUUUUUCUGCUCAUGUAUGAGUCUGAGAAGUAGGUCUGGCCAUGUAUGAGUCUAAAUAGCGGUAACAAUAUUUCAAAGCAGAAAUAGUUCAAAUUUUUUUGCAUCUUUUUUACUAGCGUGUUGAAAGUUUGUUAAUUAAGGUAAUUUUACUUUGAGGCUAGGAAUCCCUCGAAAGUUUGGCUGAACACUUUUUGAUCGACUAGAUCAAGGUCCUGAAAGUCUCAACCUGCAAAACAUCCUAGUUUUUGAUAAACAAGGGCUCAAAGUCUUGAAAUGACCUAUUUUUUUUUACCGAUUUUAAGAGUUCUCCCUGGCUUUAAAGUGUCAUCAGCUCAAAAACUAUAAAUUUGUGCAGAUUAAGAUAUUCAGGAUCUUCUUCUGGUACAUUACGGAUUGUUCUGACCUUUUCAAUAAACUCAAAGUAAAAUGAAUUUUCUUGUUAGCUUUUCUACGGAAUUAAAAACGAAUCCAGACUUUUUCCAAUUAAAAAAAAUCUCAGGUAUCUUUGUCUGGUCUCAUGUCAGCAUCUGACGUGGCUUUUGGCAGUUCGUCCGACUCAAAUUGGGUUGUUCGGCCGCGAAACUCGGGAAGAUAGCCAAGGUUAUUUUCCUCUUAAUUUGGAUUGAAUGAGUUGAUUUUUCAGUCAAUGGACCUAUUACUAUCACCACCGCCGCUUUACCUGAUAUUGCUGUUUUGGUUAUCAAUCAGCCACAAUUUCUUUAUUGAAUAUAUAUUCUUUCAGGCUUCAAUGUUGGACAAGAUACCUCCAGCCGUCAUUCAUCUCGACGAUCAACAACUUUUGAGAGUUUUGGACGCCUUGAUGCGGUUGGUUUCAUUAAAAAAAUCGUUAUUAUAAAUUCGAAGUUAAAUAAAAAAAAUACUCAAUCAGUUUUUCUAAUGAAGAAUUUUUCAUUUUUAAGUUUUUUUCAAUCAAGUUUUUUUGUAUUAUAUUGGAAAUUUCUGUAUCCGAAGUUCAAAUUUUUCAUUUUAAUGAUUGAUUUUUUUGAGUUAUUUGUGGAAAAACAGUCUGAAUUUUUUUCCGCUGUUUUCAUUUUCUCAUGUCUCAAAAUUUUUGAAUAAACUGAAAUUGAAGAUUAAAUCAUGAAAACUAUUAAAUUUUUCCUAUCUCUCUCGAAUUUUUUUGCUCUUGCUGACAUGACCUUUUGAAAUGAUCACAAACAAUAAUUCACAGUCAUCAAAAAUAAGUUUCGGAGUGUUCAGCCAUUUAUUCCAAACAAAAAUCUGCAAGAUCGCGAUUUUAGAAAUUUCGUGAUACAAAAAGGUCGGAUACUACGAAAAUCGAUUUAAAAAAAGAAUUAUUAUUAAAAAAAGUAAAAAGAAACGGAUUUUCAGUUCAUCCGACGAAAAUCUGGCCGUGGCUGCGACUGGUCGCGAUUGCUCCCUCUUUUCCUUGGCUCUGAUCCUCCGGAAUUGUUCCCUCAACUUGGAACGACUUUCUGUCUUUUGGCAGAAAAUGUCGUCGCAUUUCAUCAAAGUAGAAGAUUAGGAGCUUUUUCUAGUUUCGAUUUUUGAACUUUUAGGUUUGCAAUCACACUUCUGUUUCGAUGCGAGAUUGGGCGGCGGUUGGUUUGACGUCGCUGGUCAAGCAGGCGAUGAAGACCAGGAGCACUAUGGAUCAGAAAGUGACUAUUAUUACUGAUUCAGAUUUCGUCUAUGCCUACAAGAAAGUGUCUGAGUUUGGGUCUAGUUCAAGCUUUUGUGUCCUUUGGGAGCAUGUUUAAAAACAAGAAAAUAUACCUUCCGAAAGCCAAAAGAAGUUGAAAAGCUGCUUCUCACGUGAUUUUCAGGGAAAAACCACAAAGUUCCCAAUUUCAUACUAAAAUACAUCUCAGACAUUUUCAAGUUCAAUCAGUCAAUCAAUCAAUUUAUUUAUUUUUCACAACAUCGGUAUGGUAUGGUGAUGUUGCAGGGAGGGAAAAAGACCACUAGGUGGAUUAACUAACCCCACCUGUGAAGAAAAAAAAAGUUAGAAAUAUUAAUUGACCUCGUUGAGAAAAAGCUAAAAUAAAUUUCUUCGAGGAGCAACAAGAGCUGUGUUUGUCGUCGUUGCUGGCGCUCUGCUCGAUUCCGCACAUCCAAGUCCGACGACGACAACUCGAUUGCGUCAUGUCGCUGCUCCAGACGGACGGCGCUCAGUUGACGCCGUCUCUCUGGCCCACAAUCAUUCAGAUCAUCUCCGCCAUCAUCGACAGCGACGUCAGGUCAGUGAAUAUUUAUUUGGAAGAAGAGUUCACCAGCCUAUUUCUUUUUUUACUUUUACAGAAGACUUUAGAGGCAUGCUUUUUAUUUUUUUUUAAUGCAAAAAUAAAAUUGAAAUGGCGCAGAACAAGUCUGCGCCUAACUACUAUUCAACGAAUCAAUUUUUACCAGGACUUCAAAGAAGUAAGGUUCACAUGUGUCUCCGCUUUUAUUCUGUUUAUGUGUCACUUAUAGGAGUUUCAACCAAGAAAUCAGGGGGACGGUGAAGAACAAAUGAGAAAGUGAAUCAUACCCUUCUUGCAUCACCAUUUUUGUUUUUUUGAUGAAAUUCAAUCUUCCAAAAAAAAAUUUUAAAUUAAUUUUUCUUCAAAUUUGACUCCGAAAUAAGUUCAGCAGUGAGCUGUCGUUAGUGAGGCAAGGAUACCUCGGUCUUCGCCUCGUCUCUUCCGAUUUUCUGCCUUCGAUCCCUUUCAACUGCGUUUCGGGGCUAGUGGAAGCCGUGGCUCGGUAUGGCAAGCAGAAUACCGAUCAGAAUAUCUCACUUUCUGCUUUGACCUUAUUAGUUUGUUUCUCUUCCGAAACAAGAAGACUUAUUUGCUGGUUCAGUGGACCAUUUCGGACUUCAUCUAUCGCAAAAUGGACAUCGUCGGCGCGGAUGAAUCAGAAAAGGUAGUUGAAAUACGAACUUCUUUGAACUCCUGAACGUUCCGAAGGUGUGGAUGGUGCUGUACACGUGCCUCUCGGAGUCGUGUGUUGACGCCAGAUUCGCCGUCCGGAAAAGCGCCUGUCAGACGCUCCUCCAGACCGUUACCGCCCAUGGACAUGCUCUAAGGUCGGCCGCCUGGAACGAGAUGAUUUGGCAGGUUGACAAGGGGUCCUGAACCUUCUCUAGAAAGCUCUUCAGAUAAUGAUCCCUUUGCUGGACAAAGUGAGGUCCCACACACGUUGCGCCUCAACUGAAAGGACCAACGAGGAGUUGAUCAUCCAUCAUUCGAGGGACACUGAGCAGGUUCUGGAAGGAUUUUAUUAAGGCCUCAUCAGGAAAGAAGAAAAAUCAUAAAAGGAAAGUGUUUAAAAAAACAACGUUUUUUUGAUUUUUAAAAUGAGUUUCUCUGGUGAAGAAAGUGUCAGUGAGCACUGCAAACUAAGGAACCUUGGAAAAAAAUUCCCAAAAACCCAAAAAAAGCAUUUUUUUGUUGUUAAUUUUGGAAGUUUCGUUUACUUUAGAACCUUCUUUUUUUAAUACCCAGUGCCCCAGUGUCGUUGGAAUAAUAAUUUGGAAUAAAGAAAACUUUCGAAAACAUAAAAAAAUUUAAGGUGAAAAUGAUUUGAAAUGUAGGGAAAGAUUCAGUUUUUUUACUCACUUCCUUUUAACGUUACGUUUCUUUUUUUCCGUUUCUUCGAGGUCAUUUUUUUCGGAAAAAUUUUUAUUAAUUUUUUUAUGAGCAUUCUUCAGAAACAAUGGGUGGAAACGUGCAUACACACACUGUCGGCCAUUUCGAAGAUUUUCAACUCUCAACGGAAAUCUUUGCUCGUUUUGGGUAGAUCCAAAUGAUGAACUGAAUUUUGAAAGGAUUAUGUUCAGACGAUUUUGGCGGUGUUUGGGAGGCCCUGAUGAGUUAUUUGGAAUGGGCGGCCUGCUAUGAAAACGCCGAACUUUCUCUUUCCGCCAUCAAAAGCUAUCAGGAGGUUAGUAGAGUCCAUUAUAAUUCAUAAACAGUUUGUCUCAGUUGAAAUUUACAUGAGUUUGCAGUUAUUAAAAUAUAUUUUAUUAGUGGUCGAGGGUGUGCAAAGCAGUAACUUGCGUUUCUUAAUGGUAUAUAAUUUCAUGAUCGAAAUAUGAUUCAUUCACAGUUUACUAUAAAAAAAAUAGACAUAAACUCAUUUUUUUAUACAAUUAUUAGUAGUCCAGAAUGUAAAAGAAAAGAAGCUUCGCUUAGAAAAAGGGUCUAUCGAUACAAAUUUCAGUGAUUCAUAAAUUUUCUUCGGAAAUUUCAACAUCAUUCCAAAGUUUUAUAGGUUCUACUGGGCCGAAUAUCCACUCAGACGCUCAAUAUAAACAGUCACGAGAAGAACAGCGGGUUCGUUUUUCUUUUUCGAAUAAAGUGUUCGCCUCGGCUCUAAUGACUGUCUGGCUUGUCUGCGCUCUCUUUUCUCUAAAUUUUUUUUUCUUAAUUUCAUUAUUUUUCUAUAUAGUUUUGUAUGAAACGGUGCGGUCGCCUGGCGUUUUGGCGCUACUUCAAAAUCAUCUCAUGAUUAGGACGCUUCUUGAAAAUUAGUAUUAUUUAUUGUUUUUGUAAAAGUACAAUAGCUCCUUUUUUAAGAAAUAUUUUAUGUAAUAACUAGCUUAAUUUGUCGAAAAGAAGUGUGAAAACACCCAAAAAUGCGUUGAAAAUUUUAACUGCAACAAAAAAAAACGCGGCCUGGCCGAUUUGCACGUACUGCACGGGCAAAGUCUAGAAGGACCUAAAAUAAACCUUUGAAAAAAAAAGCAUCAGCAUCAUCUUGAUCUUUUUUCAAAAGUAAAAAAAGGAUUUCGAGAAACUUUUGACACCUUUUUAGGAACUCAAAAAGGAGCUCUAAACUCUUUUUUUGACCUUUGCCGGGUCUAAAUGCUGCGUACUGUUGUUUUAAAAUCAGAAAAGGGUAUGAUGGCGAAAAUCCAAAAAAAAAAGCACAGCGUCAAACGAAAAAAUUUGAAAAAUUAAGAAAGUACCAAAAUACGUUUUCAUUAAUAGAAAUUUUUCUUCUCAGAACUGAUUCUGUACUCGAUGUGGCUGCCCCAGAAUUGCCCUUGAAGCAGUGGCUCGAGUCUUGGCAGGUUUUUGACCAUUUUUGUCUUCAUAAAGACUUUUUGCAUUUUUCCAGACUUGGCUGAAAAUCUCGCGUGGACUUGCGAGGCUCGGAUCUUCAGCCACGAUUCACUUGCAGAGUAGCUUUUUCUCCAAUAUUCUCUCACUCAAAUUCCGCAUUUUUAAGAUGAAAACGGAGGGAAGUCUCUGUAUGUACCCGGUCCAUCUCACUUGACGACCUUGCUGCACGUCUUCCCGCCGUUAUUCGACAACAUCUCCAAGAAUAUCACCGUAGAUGAUCUGAAAUACGAGAGCUUGCCAACAGUUCUGGAGGUUUAUUUUUUUCUAGUAGUGGAGUAUUGUUAAACAAGAAAAAAUUUCAAAUUAUAGAAGAAUAGAAACCGUUAACGGAGAAAAUCCGGAAAAAAAACGAAACAGUUGGGAAUUUUAUUGGUGAAAUGAAAUUCUUAAAGCCUUUUUAUUGGGUAAUCCGAAUCAGAAAGAUAAUUUUAUAACUGAACUCCUGAGAUGUCUCAUCAAACCUACCUCGAAUCAACAUUAUCCGAAGCUUUGAAAUUUCACAUUUUCUUAUUGUUGCUCAUGUUAGCAACUUCAAUUUUUGAAAAAGAGAAUCCUGACGUUGAAAACUUUUGUUAUCUGAAAGUGCUCUGAAAAAAAGUUUGGUUUUUCAAUAUUGAAACUGAAAAUACAAAUCAUUUUAUCUAACAGGAGAUGUCAUCCUACUUGUAAAUAUGGACUUUAAAAUUAAUGUCCCACUUUUUUGAGCUAUCGAAGAUACUCAAAAUUCCAAUUCUUGAAUUCAAAAUUUUAAGACCCUGGAAAGUAAAUAAAAAAAUGGCUGAUUUUGAUAGGGGAUGCUUCGAAUUUGUAGUUCCCUACAAAAUGUUCAAGAAACUUUUUUUUUUGUGGAAACAGGGUUUUUUUUUAAUUAGGACUUCACAAAUUUCCAUCGAGUAAGUCAAGGUUCUUUCCCUUUCUCAGUAAAAUACGGAAGCUUGAAUAUAUUAACGCACUUUGUGAACCACGCUGCUUUUCUUAAAUUGAGGAUUUUUAAGAGUAUGAUCAACGUGCCGAUCCCAUCAGAACAAGUUCCAUUCGUUCUUCCCUCGUCCUCCACCCACCUGACACCGACCCAAGAAGCUCUUCUUGACGCUGUUAAAAUUAUUUAUGUGGUAAUUCUUGUAUUUCUCUAUUUUUAUAAAAAAAAUCUUCAAGGAAUGCACGAUGGCGGGAAGUUCUUUGAGAGCUGCGAUCCCUGACCAAAUUAGGCUUUUGCUUCGAUUCGCCGCUUUGGCCACUGCAAAAAUCACUCACAAAGUGGCUCCCGGUGGACAAAAGAGCUAUGUCAGUUUCUCAAGAAAAAAAAAGAAAUGUUUUUCGAUAAUUUCAGAGAGAAUACGCGAUGAACUGCAUCGUCCCAUUCGCAGAGUAUUCCCUCCGGAUGGCCGUCGAUUUUUUCAUUCAAACGGCUUCAUUUCCGGAAACGUCCAACUCAAUGAUUAUUGUCGACAUUUUGAAGGUUUUGAGGACGAGAAACUCUCAAAAAAUUGAAGGGAUAAGUUGAAAUUGGCUUUAAAUGUGUUCCUUUUUUCGAAUCCAAGGUCUUAUUCUCUUCGUUUUUUUCAGUACAUUUCGAAGAUCUCAAUUUUUUUCUCUGAAUUAAAAAAAUAUAUCGUUGACUCAGCCUAUUUUUUUCUUGUCUUGAAACGAUGUGAAGUCUUUUUUUAAGGAAAAAAAUAUUUUGGAUUUUAACUCAGAUAAUCAACCGUUGAGCCCGGCCUCAAUCUUAUUUUCUCCUCGGCUUUAGUAAGACGCUGCAUGCUGAAACAAUUAAGAAUUGAUAGAUUCGAAAGGAAGUUUUCCAAAUUUUUCUAGAACAAUUUUCAUUUUUUUUUUGGAGCGCUUCAGAAGUUUCAUAUUCAUAAAAUCCAUUUUCACGUCCGGGGCUUCAUUUGAUAAUUAUUUCACCAUUUUUUAUUUCUUGUUUUUCAGUUCCUUGGAGAACCGCUUUAUCUCAAGUACACAUGCAUAUCGCCAAACACCUGGAAAUUAGCAGCCAUUUCUUUGAUGUCUGUUUUAAAAACGGCUAUCCCAAAUGCGCGGCAGAAUGGUAGGGGCUCUUGAAAAUUUCUCCGUUAAUCAAACAUUUUCCAGCAGAAAAGUUCUCAAGUCUUUGGCCAGCGCUGUGCGAAACGAUGGAGAAGUUCUUGUUUUCACCAAAGUGGGUUUUUUUUCCUGAAAGUUUCCUGAAAAAAGGUAUCUAAAAAGUCUGUUAUUAUAUUUUAUCCUACGGUUAAGGACCUUUUGAAUGAUCUUUUGUAUUUUAAACACUUUAGCAAUUCGUUUUUUCCUAUCUGUUGAUUUUCUCAACUGAACGCUUUUUUUUCAUUUCAGCGGCUGCAGCCGACUGGCAGCAGAUGAGCGCAAGAGAGACGAGCUUCUGGAAUGUCAGGUUGGGGAGUCGGACUCCUGAAAGGGUUGUAAUUGGGGAUACAGGCGAUCGAGGUGAUCCGGACGGAGAUCCUGCCUUAUGCGUCAAGGCUGCCACCUGAAGAUGUUCAGCGCCUUAUCGCCCUUCUUCAUCGCGGCUCCAUUUCGCAGCUCGACCCGACGGAUGUUCUUGGUUCGUUGAUAAGAUUACUGAUUCACGCUUGACUGAUGUCUUCUUUUUUCAUAACCAGCUGAUAAGAUUCAUGACACCCUACUUUGAGCUCUUUUCUAACCACGUAGAAAAAUGUUAAUUAGUUUGUAUUGAUAUGAUUACUGAUUUAUUCUUUAAAAAGUUUUUUCAUAACCAGGUUCCUGAUUUUGAAGUUUUGUACUGAUAAGAUUUCUGAAAACCUCAGCUGAACUUUUUUUUCAACCGGGGUAAAUUGAACUGCGUUUUUAUGUAUAAGAUUAAUGUUUCAUGCAAAAGAGAGCUGUUCUUACCGAGAAAAAUGUUUUGUUUUCGUUGAAUUUUCAUUCACUCUUUAUUUUUUGACACUGCUUUCUUUCCGCAACUGCGAAAGUUAGGCCUUUUUUAAGUGUUUUUUCGACCUUCACGAUAAUUAUGACGGUUUUUCUUUUACCUUGUAUUUUAUGAUCCUCAAACUUUUUUGAUAACUCAAGAGAGACAGGAAAAAUGGGUAACGUCUGAUUAAACUUUUUACAUAAUUUGUAAAUUUCUAAUUUUUUUCGACAAAAAAAUGAUCCAGAAAAAAAUGUCGUAGAGAAAAAGAAGUAAUUAUAAUUUGAAAAAAAUUAAAAAAAAUCGUUCUGAUUAUCGUAAAAGUCGAUAUGAAAAUUUACCGUCCGUGCUAACUUCCGUAGUUGACCUUUCUGUUUCUUCAAUCUGGGCUUCUAACAAUGCUUAUUUCCAACUUUAACUUCACAACUUUCCAUGCAAACUAACACUGUUCUGAGUUAACUUCUCGGCAGCAUGCUCAUGCAUUUUCUUUAGCUUCAGACUCGCACGCGCAACGUUCCGAACUGGCCAAGGCCUGUUUCGACGCUCUCCUUAACACUUCUGGCGGAGAAGAAGACGAGAAGCUUGGAAAUGUCGCUGUCACGAGUCUUCUCCAGCGCUGCACACAGGUCGCUCUCCAAAUAUGGCUUCUGCUGAGAAUAUCGCUAUUUUUAGGUGAUGGCCGACUUCAUUCGCGACGCCACUUCCGCCGGUGAUUUUCAGCUGCCGAGGUCGAGGGUUGGCGAGGCCGUGACGGCUCUUCAAGCUAUUGAUUCAUUAAUUGGAAGGCUAGCCAGGUAAUCUGCUCAUUUUCUGUCAAAAUAGGAAAAAAUCAGUUACGCAAAUCUUUGGCUCACUUUUCUUCAAGUGUUUUUGAAUUUUUGAUCUGUUUUAUAAGCCUAGUUCUACCUCUUUCAGAAGUCCCAAGGCGACGGAACUUUACUCACAGCUCGUCUCUCUGUUCCCUUCGAUCGUCGACGUCAUUCCCUGUGCUGGAGCUGAUCCAGCUCUCCAGGCCCAGCUUAUCAAGACGCUCAAGUCUUUUCAGACCUUGCUCCUCCUCCAGAACAUUCCUCAAUAUUCUCAAGCGUGA